AUGACCACCAUCGACCAGCUCUAUGUGGUCGUGUCACGGAUCUCGGCCCAGUGCCACGACCAGAGCGAGCUCAUCACCACCCUUUCCACCAAACUCGAUGUACUAGUGCAACAGGUCGACUCGCUCAAGAUCUUGGCCCACGAGGCGCUGCAGCUGUGCAUGGCGGUCCACUCCCAGACGAUCGGCCUGCCCGUGGAGCGGAUGGUCGAGCACAUGAGCCAGCAAUUGCUCCUCUUGCAGCGCAGCGUCGACGACCUCCGCCCCGAGCGCCGGCCCCAACAAUUGGCUACCACUACCAAUAACUACGCCAACCUGCUGCAACACCCGCCACCACCUAAAGCGCCAGGGGCGCGGUUGGCCAACCUGUUUGCGGCACCCCAGUUGCCCCGCCCCCAACUCCAACCCCAACUCCAGCCCCAGGGCCAGCCCCAGGGCCAGCAGGCGCACUUGCCCCUCCGUGGCAUGCCCCACCGCGUCAACUCCCACGACGGCAGCGCCGGCGACGAGAAGUACGACCACCAGGACAUCCCCAAGUACCGCAUGGAGCGGCUGCUUAAGCUGAUCCUGGAGAUCUGGCGCGAGUACGAGUACGGGCUCAACGACAAGCCCCCGCUCAAGCAGCUCGAGCUCCAGUACGGCACCAAGUGGCGCAACGAGACCGAGCUGCGCACGUUCUUGCGGCGGAAGAAGAUCUACGAGGCGAUCGAGGUGGGGAAGCAGAAAGGGUACACCGAGGACGAGAUCAUCGCCGACUUGGAGGAGCACCGCAGCUACAACGUCAACGGGCUGGUCAAGCGGUACCCGUUGCUGUGGUUGGUGGUGAAUAUGCCCGCCAAGUACACCAACGACCCCUAG